AUGUCUAACUUGGGGAAGAAGACACGGAAUAGGCAGACAGACAAGGAGGCAGGUGGAGAUAAGCCUGGAAAGAGGGCUUCCAGUCAACCUGCUUUUGGGAAAGGCUUUCUCAUCCCAAGGUCCGAGCAUGCUGAAGGCUCCAGUUCUGCUGAGGCGAAGUCAGGGCCUGCCUGUGAGAGGCCUGUGAGUUCCUUGAGGCCUGUGGCUGCUUUGGGCUCUCUGGAGGUGUCCAAUGCCCAGGACACAGUCCUGUCCAACUACUUCCUAAAGAUCAUCCAACUUCUGGAUGAUUACCCCAGGUGCUUCAUCGUGGGGACCGACAAUGUGGGCUCCAGGCAGAUGCAGCAGAUCCGCAUGCCCCUCCGUGGGAAGGCGGUGGUGCUGAUGGGCAAGAACACCAUGAUGCGCAAGGCCAUCCGCGGGCACCUGGAGAACAACCCCGUGCUGGAGGAGUUGCUGCCGCAUAUCCGUGGAAAUGUGGGCUUUGUGUUCACCAAGGAGGACCUUACUGAGAUCAGGGACAUGCUGCUGGCCAAUAAGGUGCCAGCUGCUGCCUGUGCGGGAGCCAUUGCCCCCUGUGAGGUCACUGUGCCAGCCCAAAAUACAGGUCUGGGGCCCGAGAAGACCUCCUUCUUCCAGGCUUUGGGCAUCACCACCAAAAUCUCCAGGGGCACCAUUGAAAUCUUGAGUGAUGUGCAGCUGAUGCGCUAG